GAAAUAGUGUGUCUAGUUGCCAAACAUAACCUUUCCAUAUUAUACUACACACUGUGUAUUGACCCCGUCACUCCACAAAUUCCGUUUACUCUCUCUCUCUCAACUACUUUUUCAGCUGAAAUCGUCAGAUUCCGGCGAUAUGCCCGUCGGAGAUUCGUCGGAUUGGCCUCCUCCGGGAUGGACUGAGGAUGUUAAAGUCACCAACGGAAGGAAAAUCAAGUACUAUACGAAUGUGGAGACUGGGAAAAAUUUCUAUUCCAAGAAGGAAGUCACUAGGUACAUGAACACAAAAGAGACUUGCCAUGAUGUUACUCAAGCAAUGAAUGAUCAAGAUAAGAGCUGCUCUGAGAACAAUGUUAGUCAAAUGAAUAAUCAAGAUAAGAGUUGCUCUGAGAAAAAUGCCAGACAAAUGAAUAAUCAAGAUAAGAGUUGUUCUGGGAAAAAUAUUGGCCAAAUGAAUAAUCAAGAUAAGAGUUGCUCCGAGAACAAUGUUAGUCAGACUGUUGGGGAACCAAAUAAUGCUCAUGAAUGGUUACCUCUAGGGUGGAUAGUUGAGCUGAAGACUCGUAAGUCUGGCUCACAUGCUGGUACAACUUACAAGGUUUACAUUGAACCAUCAACUGGAAACAAAUUUUAUUCAAAGCCUGAAGUAUCUAAAUAUCUCAAAACUAUGGAGCAGAACAACAUCGCGGAAGGACAGAUACACGGAAAUGGUGAAGUAUCCUCUUCAAAUCAGAAAAUACCUGAGGAUUCCAAAAGUAUCAAGGGUGGGGGCCAGAGUCGCAAGUCCAAAAGACAGAAAUCUGACACCGACCAGGCCGUGCAUGGCGUUGAGGAGGAGUCAGUUUCCAAGAAGAAAGCAUCUCAGGAUUCUGAAGAUGUUGGGGAACAGAGACGCAUAUCCAACAGGAAGAAAUCUGGCACUAACAGGCGCUCUACAAAGACUUCUUCUCAUGGUGCUGGAGAGGACUUUCCUUUAAAUGAGAAAACAUCUCUGGGUUCCAAAGAAAACAGUGAACAGAGUCCCCUAUCCAAAAGACAGAAACCUGGCAGCGACAGUCCGUCUGCUAAGAGUGUUUCUUCUGUUGCAGGUGACUCUGAUUCAGUGGAUGAAUUUCCCCCUGGCUGGAAAAAAGAAUUCAUAAUUCAAGAAAAUGAUCGUGGAACAAGGAAAGACUUGGUUUACACGGAUCCAGUACAUGGAUAUAAAUUUCGCUCCAAAGAGGAAGUUCUCUGCUAUCUACAAACUGGUGAUGCUAGUAGGUGUGCUAGAAGACCUGCGAAAAGGAAUGUAGCUUCAACUACGAAGGAUGAUUCUCCCCUGACAGAUGAUGCCAGCUUGAAGAAAUCAGUGUGCUUUAUGACAGGAAGACAACUUUUUGCCACUGACGAGUUGAAAGGGGCAAAAAGUUUUGGUACUUGCUCACCUGCUCAGCAAGUUGAGAGUUCGAAGAAACAGUUUGACUGCAGUGUGUCUGAUCCUAACACCAUCAUCUCAUCCAUUUUAGCUGAGAUAAAUGAGAAUCAUUCCAUUGAAAAUGUAAUUGAAGAUGCUGACAUAGAAUCUGUGAAAGUUGGUGUUAUGCAUCCAUCAGCUGUUUCCACAAAGUCAGAUCUCCUCCCAGAGAAGCAACUACUGGAAAAUGAGCAGGAAAAGCUUAGGCAUAAAGCAGCAAAGAAGCAGUCAAGAAAAUCCAAAACUAAAGAGUCACUUAACCUUGGUCGUCGGGCCUCCAAAAGACUUGCAGGUCAAAAUCCAGAGGCGGAGGCGGCCAAUUUGGAUCUUGGUGAACGUGCUCUUCCAUUGAUCGUUGAGAAAUCUUCCUCUCCUAGCCUCUCCAUGAAUGUCUGUCGUCAGGAAUUGCUCCAGGACUCGGAUCCUAUACCGGAAACUGGCAACUCUGAUCAGGUUUCCUUGAAUGGAGAAGCUUCAUUGGACGAAUUACCUCCAGGCUGGAAAAAAGAAAUCAAAAUUACAAAAAAAGCUAAUGGGAUAAGAAAGGACCCGUUAUACAUCGAUCCAGUGCAUGGCUAUGUUUUGCGUUCCAAGAAGGAUGUUUUCCGCUAUCUACAAACUGGAGACAUCAAUAGUUGUGCUAUAAGACCUGUCAAAAGAGAUAAAGAUGCUACAAUGAAGGAGAGUUCUCCCACAGCAGCUAACGCCGAUUCGAAGAAAUUAGAGUGCUCUGUGACCGAAAGGCAACCUUUUGCUGCUAAGGAAUCCAGAGGUCGAAAACGUUCAGAUACUUGUUCACCGGAAAUACAAGCCAAGAAUUCCAAGAAACAACCUGAAAGCAGGGAGUCCAAUGCAAACCUUAUUGUUACAUCAUCUGCAGCUGAUAUAUAUGCAAAGCAUUCAGAUGAAAAUGUAAUUGAAAAUGCUGGAAUAAGAGACUCAAGUGCAGACAGAAAAGUCAUAGCUGCUCAAAGUGACGCUAUUAAAAAGUCAUCAGCUGUCUCAACUCCUCCAUCAGAUCUAACCCCAGAACAGCAAUUACCAGAAAAUGAGCACGAAAAACAUAUUAAUAAAGAAAAACUGGAGCAAUCAAGAAGAUCCAGAACUAAGAAACCAAUUACACCUGGUCGGCGGAUCUCAAAAAGACUUGUGGGCCACAGCCCCGAACCGGUGGCUGAUUUGAAUCUAGGUGAACGUGCUUUUCGAGCUGUGGUUAAGAAAUCUGCUUCUUUGGACAUCCCCCUGAAUGUCUCUGCUCAGGAAUUUUCCCAGAACAUAGAUCCUGCAUUAGGAACUGGUAGUUUUGAUCAGGCUUCUCUAAACAGAGAAGCUUCGGGCAAUGAAUUUCCACCAGACCGGGAAAGGGAAAUACCUAUCCAGAACAUAGAUCCAACAGUAGGAUCUGGCAAUUCUGAUCAGGCUUCUCUGAGCAGAGAUGCUUCAGGGGAUGAAUUAUCCCCAGGCUUGGAAAAGGAAAUGCUUGCCCAGAACAAAGAUCCGACAGUAGGAACUGGAAAUUCUGAUCGGGCUUCUCUGAGCAGAAAAGCUUCCGGGAAUGAAUUAUCACCAGGCUUGGAAAAGGAAAUGCUUGCCCGGAGCAAAGAUCGGACAGUAGGAACUGGAAAUUCUGAUCAGGCUUCUCUAAGCAGAAAAGCUUCAGGGAAUGAAUUAUCACCAGGAUUGGAAAAGGAAAUGCUUACCCAGAACAAAAAUUGGACAGUAGGAACUGGCAAUUCUGAUUUGGCUUCUCUGAGCACAAAAGCUUCACUAGAGGAAAUACCACCAGGGUGGGAGAAUGAAAUACUUGGACAGAAAAAAUAUCCUACAGUAGGAACUGGCAUUUCUGGUCGGGUUUCACUGAGCAGAAAACUUUCACCAGAUGAAAUACCCCCAGGCUGGGAGAACGUAAUACCCCCAGGCUGGAAGAAUGAAAUACCUGCCCAUGCUUCUUCUCUGGGUGAAAUACCGCCAGGUUGGGAAAAGGAAAUACUUGCCUACAACAAAGUUCCUACAAUAAGAACUGGCAAUUCUGAUCAGGCUUCUCUGAGCAGAAAAUUAGCGUCAGCAGAUGACUUACCACCCGGAUGGGAAAAGGAAAUGAUUACUCGGAACAAAGUUCCUGCAGUAGGAACUGGCAAUUCUCUGGAUGAUAUACCUCCAGGCUGGGAAAAGGAACUACUUUUCCAGACCAAAAAUCCUAAGGUAGGAACUGGCAAUUCUAAUCAGUCUUAUCUGAGCAGAGAAGCUUCAAUGGAUGAAUUGCCACCAGGCUGGACAAUGGAAUUCAGAAUGAGAAAAAAUGCUCGUGGGAAAGACCCGUACUAUAUGAAUCCAAUGCAUGAAUAUGUAUUUCGCUCGAAAAAGGAUGUUAUGCGCUAUCUGCAAACUGGAGACAUAAGAAGUUGUGCUGUGAGACCAACCAAAAGGGAUCCGUAUUCAACAAUGAAGGAUGAUUCUCCUUCAAAUCAUGACACCAGUUCGAAGAUAUUAGGGUGCUCUUUGACCGGAAGCCAACUUUCUGCCACUGAGGAAUCAAAAGGUAGAAAGUGUUCUGCCACCCGUUCACUGGCACUACAUGCUGAGAGUUCCAAUGAACAUCAUGAAAGCACUGUGUUCAACCUCAACACCAGUAUUUCAUCUACAGUAGCUGAUAUAACAGAUAAGCAUUCAUGUGAAAAUGUAAAUGAAGAUGCUAAUAUAGGAGUGUCAAUGCGGUCGAGAAAAAUGAAAAAUAGUAAGUCAUCUACUCCAGUUCGUCGGGUAUCGAAGAGACUUUCGCGCCAGAACCAAGAAAUGGUGGCUGAUAUAGAUCCAGGUGAACGUGCUGUGGUUAACAAUUCAGCCUCUUCAGGUCUUCCCCUGGAUGCCUCUGGUGGGGAAUUGGCCCAACAACCUGAUCUAGCAACGGGUGAUUCUGAUCAGCCCUCUCUAAGAAGAAAAGCUUCAUCACGAGAUGAUCCAUUAAAAGCUGUGAAGUAUCUCUCAGAGGGCCAACCUUUCAAAGAGCAAAAAGUUGUGAAUGGAUUGACAAGUGAGAAGCAAAAUGAUGAGAUAAUAUUGCGAGGUUCUCAGCCAGCUAGAAUAUCAUUUGAAAGCAGAAAGUUUCACUCUGAACACCAAGCUGUUAAAGAAAGCCCUACAGCAAAGCCGGGAAACGAAGUACAAGACAGUCAAUAUAGAUUAUUGAACAAUUCUCGACCAGUUGAAUUAGCAUCAGGAAGAAUGGUAUUCCCUGUGGAGGACCAGUAUGUUUCUGAAAGGUCUACCAUAGAACAGGUAAGUGAGAAACGAGACUAUGAGAACAGGCAGUGGCAAGAUUCACAACUAGCUGAGCCAUCGUGGAGAAGUGUGGAUCUUAAUGUGGAAAACCAGCAAUGGCAAUAUUCACAACUAACUCCAUCACAGAGAAGUGUGGAUCUUAAUGUGGAAAACCAGCAAUGGCAAUAUGCACAACUAGCUCCAUCACGGAAAAGUGUGGAUCUUAAUGUGGAAAACCAGCAAUGGCAAUAUUCACAACUAGCUCCAUAUUCACAACCAGCUCCAUCACGGGGAAGUGUGGAUCUGAAUGUGGAAAACCGGCAACGGCAAUAUUCACAACCAGCUCCAUCACAGGGAAGUGUGGAUCUUAAUGUGGAAAAGCAACAUUCACAACCAGCUCCAUCACAGAGAAGUGUGGAUCUUAAUGUGGAAAAUCAGCAAUGGCAAGAAUCACAGCUAGCUCCAUCACAGAGAAGUGUGGAUCUUAAUGUGGUAAACCAGCAAUGGCAAGAUUCACACCUAGCUCCAUCACAGAGAAGUGUGGAUCUUAAUGUGGUAAACCAGCAAUGGCAAGAUUCACAAUUAGCUCCAUCGCAGAGAAGUGUGGAUCUUAAUGUGGCAAACCAGCAAUGGCAAGAUACACAGCUAGCUGAACCAUCACAGAGAAGUGUGGAUCUUAAUGUGGCAAACCAACCUAUUAGAGAAAAGCAAACAGGAGAGCUGGUUACUGAGAAUCAAGAUGAACAGAACAGAAGGUUGCACGCGCAACUAGCUUCUUAUACAUUUGGGGACUAUUGGUCAGACCCAUGCUUGGAAUUUGCAUUCAAGACCCUUACAGGCACACUACCAGUAGAGGAGAACACACCCUUUCAGGGAUCUGCUCAUCAAGAAUACAAUACUUCCUACAGUCAUGCCGAUGAUGGGUGCUUUGAACUGCCAUUAUUCAAUACUUCCAGCUUUUACAUGAAUGAUGUUCCACACCAUUGUGCUCCAUCGGAGGAGCACAUCGUGAAGGAGCAACCGCCAAUAAAUCAUACCUUUUUGCCCAAUGGAAAUAAUAGCGUGCCAGGUUGCAGUAAUGUUGUUACUCAAAACCCAGGUUUGGCCUUUUUCCCCAAUGGAAAUAAUAGCUUACCAGGUUACAGUAAUGUUUCUCAAAAUUCAGGUUUGGAUCCCCAUGCUAAGGACUAUCAAUCUAAAUUUAAAUCUCAGAGGUGAAUGAGAGCACAUAAAGAUUGGGAAGUGGUAGGUGUAUUGAUGGAUCAACUAAAUAACACGGUGCUGCUCCUGUGAAUGCAUUUUUGUGCAGCUGUAUCCUCUAGUUGUAACAUUUUCAAAUGCGGUUUCUGGACUUGAGGUGUCUAUAAUUUGGCUGAAGAUUGGCCGCAGGUGAUGCUUCAUCAGUUGUGUUCGAUGUGAUGGAUAAAUUAGGUUUGUUCGAACCAGAUAGCUGGUCGAAAUGUAGCUUUUAAUAUUUUGAAUGCUUAGUUCCCACGAUCCAUUGCCGUUUAGACAAAUCUAUUAAGGCAUUCUAGACAGUUGUUUGCUAAAUGUGUUCUGUAUGAGGUUGGAUCUUUAAGCUUUUGUAACACGUAAAUUCGUCUCUCCUC